GGGGCGGCGUGCGGGGCCCGGGGGCGCCGCGCCCUCCAUGCGCCGAGGCGCGCCCCGAGACAGCCGGGGGCCCGCGCCGCAGCCGCCGCCGCCGCCGCCCGCGCUGAGCCCCGGCGCGGCCCGCGGCCCGCGCCCGGAGGCAGCAUGAGCCAGGCCGAGCUGUCCACCUGCUCGGCGCCGCAGACGCAGCGCAUCUUCCAGGAGGCCGUGCGCAAGGGCAACACGCAGGAGCUGCAGUCGCUGCUGCAGAACAUGACCAACUGCGAGUUCAACGUGAACUCGUUCGGGCCUGAGGGCCAGACGGCGCUGCACCAGUCGGUCAUCGACGGCAACCUGGAGCUCGUGAAGCUGCUGGUCAAGUUCGGCGCCGACAUCCGCCUGGCCAACCGCGACGGCUGGAGCGCGCUGCACAUCGCCGCGUUCGGCGGCCACCAGGACAUCGUGCUCUAUCUCAUCACCAAGGCCAAGUACGCGGGCAGCGGCCGGUGAUGCCCGCCCGGACCCGGACGCGGGCCUCGAGCGUGUCGUCUGCUGUACCUUCCCGCCAACUACCUCGGUGCGCACCGGGCCCUCGGGCCCCGCGGCCACAACGAGUCUGGCGCGCGCGUCCGCGCCCACGGGGGCCGCGCGGCGCCCGCUGCCAGGGGUCGACGCCCCCGCGCGGCCGCCCGGACCCGGGCCGAGGGCUUCCCACGGCCCCCGCCCUCCGCCUCGCGGUGGGGGGGGGGGGGAGGUGGGGGCGGGGCGCGGGCUGCAGCCCCUUUGAAAUUUGAGUCUCGCUACCAGCAAGUUUGGAGUCCCGAGACACCGGAUCCUCCGGUCAAAAUGUUUUCUCCCGAAGGUGGAAGGCGGGCGGCGGGGACGCCGGGCUCGGGGCGCUCCGCCGCCCGCAGGACCCGCGGCCGAAGCCCGCAGUCGCCCAGGGGCCACGGCGGGGCGUUUCCGGCCCGGACGCGCGACGGUGGAGACGCUCCGCUGUUCUUAGGGUUCUAAACUAUUUAUCAUGUGUGUGUAUAUUUGUGGGUGAAGUUUGUGCGCCUGAAUUUUUUUGUUUGGAAAAUAUUGUGCGUGGUCAAUGUGGUUAUAGGGGGGAAGAUACAUUUUUUUUUUUCUUAGUCUUAAAACUAAAAACUUGAGUCUGUCAUUUCUUGGUUGCACUGAAAACACCGCCCAGCCUGAUGGUUUUCCCGUGCAGGUCCCUCUCCCUGCUUCUCACUCUCUCCCCUCCUCCUCCCCCCCCCCCCCCCCCCGCGUACCCCCUCUCCUCUCCCUCCUGACACACAGGCACACAAUUUUGGGAAGCCCCGGGGCUCCCUCUCCCCUCUCCCGUGAGAGAGGCCACCAUCCCCCGAACCUGCUGGCUUUGCGAAGUUUCCUCGGGAGCACGGGUGCUCGGGUGUGGCGGUGAUGGGGGCGGGAGGGGUCCUACCUUUUCUAGUGAGUUCUAUUAUAGUUAGUAGGUCGCACACUUUUUUAAAAAAGUAAAUGGAUUUGCCACAUUUGAAUGUCAUAACAUUUAUGACAAUAUAAAAUAUUAACAUAUUUUAAGCCAAGUUUUAGGUGUAUGUUUUGAAUCUUGGUUAUAAACCCAAUUUUAAAGGGCGUUGUAUCCAGCGUUGUGAAGGCAACAGUGUACCCAUAUUUAUAUUUUUAUAAAAUACCUAUAAGACUGUGAA